AUGCACGGUGAUGCGCCUUCGGUAACGCCCGAGGUCUCACUCGAGAGCACCACGCCUCUGGCUGCAUCCGCGCCGCACGCAUCGCCCAACUCUCCCGAAUCGAUGCACGGCGCGUCGAGGCGCGCUCGGACCGAUCCACGAUAUCUCAGCGGGCUAGGUGACGACUCCGCUUCUUCGCUGACUCUGGACGCGAAGACGACGUGGGCGCCGACGUUGGACGGCGCCUCUCCGCGGCAGCCGUUGGAAUCGAUGAGCGCGGCGACGCCGCAUCAGCUCAUGGCCAAGUUUUUUGAGCACGCGUGCGAUUGUGGCUGCGACAGCACGAACAGAGAGGAACAGACAGUAGCUAUAGCGGCUCUGUUAGUGCUGAUCGAACGCGAGCGCAAGGAGUUUGUCGACCUGGGGGAUCGAGUGAAGACGCAGGACAUCUCGAUCUCGAAGCGCAUGCAUGAGAUCCGGUACAUCCGCGCGCGAUUGGUGGAGAAUAUCGUGAUGAGCGGAUCGAUGAAUCAGUUCUCCGUAGUAACUAGCGCCAUGGCGGUUCGUUAUUUAGACUACAUCCUCGUGGCGAGCGGAUAUCAGAUUCAGAAGGAAUGUUUUUGGGUGUAUCAACUGCUCGCGAGCGCGUGCAAUUUGAUCGCGGCCAAGUUUGAAGAACCGGCUCAAAAUCAGAGACGGAAUCUCGCACGCCGACUGCAGAACACGAACGACAUUUCAUUCGAUACCACGGCAAUGAGUAAAAUGGAGGCGAUCGUCUUACGAGAGCUCGGGUGGAACGCCGCCAGGGUGACACCUUUCUGUUUCAUUCCAUACUUUCUAGUCAUACUGGACUGCUAUGACUUUGCGAUGACCAGUCCGUGUCCAUUGGGAGCAGAACUCCGAGCUCAACUCCUUCAUGAAGCGGAAAUCCUCACGCUCAUGGUGCUCUACGAGGGCGCUAUGUGUUCCUUCGAGAGUAGCGUCGUAGCGAAAGCCAUCAUCUGCAUCUUAAUCGCGAAGUUUUGCUCGAAGAUCCACACAGCUGAAAUCGUUGAACCCAUCGUGAUGAACAUUUUUAAGAAGCUCGACAUGGACGCGGACGCCGACGACUGCGUCUAUGUCAUCGCGCGCGUCAAAGAGUGUGCUGAGAUCGUUGAAGCACUCAAGGAGAGCCUCCACAAGUUUGGACACGAGACGCAGUAA